UUAUCGUUAGGAUCUAACUUGACCUUAACAUAAGUUUAAAAAAAUAAUGGAUGCUACUUAUAGGCUUUAUAAACGUCACUAUUGUGAUUAUAAACCAACACUUCAGGAACGGUAUGAUUGUUAUAGUCGGUGGAAUUCAUGGGGACGAUGGAUGGUAGCAAGUAUGAUAUUGAUUGGGAUUAUUUUUCUUUUUACAUGUAUUUUCUGCGCAAAUAGGCGGCGAGCGGAGCAGGGAAAUGCACCUAUUAAAUAUACGGGAUGGUUUAUGCCAUGGCAAGCAUAUCCGCCACAACAACAAUAUGGAUACCCAGUGCCGAUGACGUCAUCAUAUCAACAUCCAGUAGUGCAAAAUCAGCCUUGGCAAAGUGAAUAUCCAGCGCCUCCUUAUGAGCCACCAAACGCAUCAUCAUCAUCUAAUCCUCAGCCUUCUAUACCAACUCAAAAAGAAAAAUAGGCAUGUUUAAAGCCUAAUUUUUUAGUAGAUGACUGGUUUAUAAUAU